GCCACGGUUGUAAACUCACGUUGCACUCUGGGCAAUCCAAUUUCAACAACAACACAUUUAUAAGGUUACUUUUGCGUGUUUAGCAUCAUUUCGCACACGGGCCUUACCGAGAGGACAGGUUUGAGGAAAACAAAAUUUGGACUAUCUCCUUACGAGGUUAAGACGUCCCUUUAUUUAUUAAUCCAUUGGCUCUCAGUCACUGCCUGGCUGCAUCAGGGCAGUUCAUGGACCUCACAUCACACUGAAAUCAAACAAACUGGAUUGUCACAAAAGAUCAACCAUGGGAAACAAACGGAAAGCACCUAGUGACAUUGAUAAAUAUUCAGAUGCCAGUUCAGGAUAUUUUAGCGCUUUGGACCAGACAGAUUUUGAAGAUGUGGUACCAACCACUACUGCAACACAUAGCAUGCAGACAGCCCGACAGGUCCCUUUCAUUCCUGGUUCACAUACAGGCGUCUCUCCCAUGAUCAUAAUGAACAACCUUGUACUUAAACAGCCUAAAGGUAAGACCCCUGCAUCAAAACCAUGGAGCUUAAACCCUUCAGGAGACGUGGUUCCUCAGUCCCAGCUGGUUUUCCUCCAGCCGGUCAUGCCCACUGGUGACUGCACCUCCCGAAGCUCUGGCAAACCAAAACAUUCCAAAAAGUAUGUUUCCACUUAUACAAAAAUUGCUCCACACCCUGCACCUGUGUCUCCUGACUUUGGUCCCAGUACCAUCAACAAGAAAUCAAACCAUAGUGGAAGGCAUCAGCAUCGUCACCAUGAUGAUGAUAAACCACUUUACUGUUUGAAUCAGAAUGAGGCAUUUAAAGAUUAUGACGUACACCCCAAUGAUGCAUCCUGUGAAUUCAGUCACAGACCUAGCGCAGACCUGGCUGUGGAAGACUCCUUAUCCAGGCUUUCCGACCACCAGGAGCCCCAUACCACAACUUCACCAAACUCUCAUUGCUCCGACUCGGUCCUCUCCGCGUACCCUCAAAAGUGUUUCAAAGCAGAACAGAAUAGUGAUGUGGAGAAUAUCCAAGAUGCCCUUUCUCCAAGCAUGAGCAAACGUAAACGCUUCUGCAACACGUACGAGAUUCUGAAUAGGUCGGGUUUGCUGGGCAUCACUUUGCGUACCAAGGAGCUUAUCCGACAAAACAAACGCUCCCAAGCCCAGCUUCAGAGCCUGCAGGCUCAGACUGACCUAUUCCUGGAGGCCAUAUGUAGCGGAGACCCUAAGGUCUGGACCAGAUUGCAGCUUACUCUUCAGAAUUCUGGAGACUAUGAGGACAAUGCAGUUGAGACGGGAAGAAGUGUAUAGCUAGAUAUGAAAGCUGUUGGUUGUAGGACAUACUGUAGACUUUUAUCUUUUUGUUGUAUUCUCCUAGGCCCAGUUAAAUAAAAAAAAAUGGUAUUAUCUCGUAAUAAAUUACAAAAGUGUUUUUUUUAUUAGAGAAGAGGUCUUGAAAAAAGCUUUUUAAUUGAGUUGAAAAUGUGAAAUUUUGAUGUAUGUUUGUAUUUGUGUAAAUUUGCAAACGUGUGAGAAUUUGUGCUUGACAUUAUUUUAAGGUAAUAACAAGGCAAGUUACACAUUUUGAUCUCAAAUACAUCUCUAACAGUAAAUAUUUUUGAUAGACUGUAGGUCUUACCAGGGCAAAAAAUAAACAUUGCGAGUUGUAUUUUUAUAAUGUUCUAUGUAAGUCAGGACAUAUUUAUUUAAAGUAGUGGUUCAUUAUUUGUCUUGUCAGGUUACUUUAUUAUUUCCUUUUUUAACAGAGAUUGUGACACACCUUCAGUUUGGGUUUUCUGAGGUUUAUUUUUUUUACUUUCUUCUACAUCAAUCAAUUACAUUGCAUGCUUAUAUACUAUGUAUUGUAAUCUAAUAUGCGUUUGUAUUUGCUUGAAACAACUGUGAACAGAUUUUUAUUGUAUUUAUCCAUUCACAAUAAUAGUAAAUGGGAUUUCUACAGCAAAAAUAUGGAACGGACUUGUUUAUGCAUUUUUGUAUUCUGUAUAGGUGUCAUUUAAUUUUUUUGUGUGUCCUAACAAUUGAAGGCAUGUUCCAAAACAUUCACACGAAGACCUGGUUAACAGUUUUUGUUUCACAUUAGUUUUAAACUUUGUCCAUAUUCUUUUCAAUAAAACAUGUUUUACUUAUAUGGAAUUUAAGGGAUAGUUCACUCAAAAAUGAAAAUGCUUUCAUAAUUUAUUCAUCCUAUCGAACCUGUAUAAGACUCUUCUGUGGAACACAUAAGAAGAUAUUUUGAGAAAUGUUUCAGUGGUUUUGUUUCCAUACUAUGGAAGUCAGUGGGGUCCCAAAUUGUUUGGCCAAUGCCAUUCUUCAAAAUACCUUUUGUGUUCUGUAAAAAAGUUGACAUGCCUGUAUCUGUCGGAUCAUUUUAAUUUAAUCCUGUUACUCAUCAUGAACAGUUCUGGAUCCCCAAGUGGGGGACAUGUAUUGCUGAGCUCACGCUCUGCUGAGAGUUUGCCCAGAACAGUUUAAUUCAGCCAACAUUAAAUAUAUGCUAUUGUUAAAAUAUUUGACGACUGUGAUACUGACGGAAUAAAUAUUUUUGGGUGAACCAUCCCUUUAUUGCCCACAAUCCAAAAACAGACAUGGUUUCGAUUUUAAUCAUUUUAAGUAGGGUAUAAAAUAAAAUAAAGCAUAUGCCUGACUAGCCGGAUUUUAAUGCACAAAUUGGAGCUAAGAACCACCUAAUGCAAAGCACAUUAAUAUCCAUAAAUGCACGGCUAGCUGUGGAUCAUCCCGCUUAUACCAUGGUCAUUGCCAAGUAAAAGCGGUUAUUGAUGUUUACAGGGCAAUUUUUGAUCAGACAGAAGGUUUUAGGUAUGUUUUAUUACAUAGAACUUCAUAUCAAUAAUUCUACGUGAAACAAAACUGUAAAUUGUAAAAAUGCUGAUUUGACCAAUUACUGUAUUUUAUGUGGGAUUAUUGUUACUUUUGUCACCUUGUGUUUUUUUGAAUAUGUGGUGUUUAGUUCAAAUAAGGUAUACAUACUAAAAAUGUACAGAACAACCCUUUAAACAGUAGGUUUAAACUGUACAUACAGUACACAGACAGAUUUUAAGCUGAUUUGUUGUUUUAUACCUCCUUCAGUG